CGCGCCGGCCUGUCUCGCGCUCUCCGGGAGAUCCAGAGCAGACCUUGCUGGUCCCUUGACUUCACCUACUUCCUGUAGUCAGCAAUUCCAUCCCAAAAAGGGGUGGGGGGAGAGAAAAAAGUGGAAGGAAGAAUUGUUCUAAAUAAGGCGCUCCGAAAAACAAACCCCCCUCCACUUGGCCGCCUGUUCGUCCGAACUUUGCAGUGUUGUUACCUCGCUUUUUUACCCGCGUUAAAUGAGCGAAGUGUGAGGAGAAGCUACACGGCUGCACGUCGCAGAAAAGGAGAAAAACGCCGUCCCGCCGCGCGGGUGUGUGUGUUGGUGGUGUGUGUGCGGAGGACCAUGACAUAAAGGAUACAACUGCGGCUUUUCUCUUUCUUUAAGAGUUCAGUCACUAGGACUCAAGGCAGAACUCGAAGACCCCUCGGGCUGGCGUCAGUUCCGUGCACUUUUUUCAUGUAUUGGAAAAAUGAAGUUUUGGCCCCUCUUGCUGAGGGAAAUCAAUUUCUAUCCAAAGGAAAACCCGCAAAAGAGGUGAUUUCUACAAACAGGCAGAGCGCUCCUGCAGACCCACACUGUGUGGAAGCCAAACAGUCCCACAUCAUGUCCCAUUCAGAUGGAGAAUCUCACAGGUCCAAUGUGGAGAAAGAGGAUCCGCGCUCGUCCCCGACCCCUCCGUCCACGCCGUCCAUCUGCUCCCCGACGUCGUCUUCCUCGUCUGUGCCGUCCACAGGGAAGAACGUGUGCGCGAGCUGUGGCCUCGAGAUCCUGGACAGGUACCUGCUCAAGGUGAACAACCUGAUCUGGCACGUGCGCUGUCUCGAGUGCUCCGUGUGCAGGACUUCAUUACGUCAGCACAGCAGCUGCUACAUCAAAAACAAAGAGAUCUUCUGUAAAAUGGACUACUUCAGUAGGUUUGGUACAAAGUGUGCCCGCUGUGGGAGGCAGAUCUACGCCAGUGACUGGGUACGGCGUGCCAGGGGCAAUGCCUACCACCUGGCCUGUUUUGCUUGCUUCUCCUGCAAGCGGCAGCUCUCAACAGGAGAGGAGUUUGGCCUUGUUGAAGAGAAGGUCCUCUGCCGGAUCCACUACGAUACCAUGGUGGAAAACUUCAAACGGGCUGCAGAGAGUGGGAGUGGGAUCACAUUAGAGGGAGCCGUCCCAUCUGAGCAAGACAGCCAACCCAAGCCUGCCAAACGAGCGCGAACCUCCUUCACUGCUGAGCAAUUACAGGUGAUGCAGGCACAGUUUGCGCAAGACAACAAUCCAGAUGCACAGACACUGCAAAAGCUGGCUGACAUGACUGGGCUCAGCAGGCGGGUCAUACAGGUUUGGUUUCAAAACUGCAGAGCAAGACACAAAAAGCACACCCCCCAACACAGUGGACCCCCCCAGGGCCACCCCCAAUCUCGGAUGCCUCCCUCUCUCCAAGACGAUCUGCAUUACUCUCCUUUUGGCAGUCCUGAGAGAGCACGUAUGGUGGCUUUGCAUGGAUAUAUUGAGACAGGUCACCCCUUCUCUGUGCUGACAACGCAGACACUUCCUCACCAGGCCAUGGCGCUGCCGCAACUUCCCCUCAGCCGCUAACGUCCUUAAGACUGACCUUGACCUCUGACCUUCGGACACUUAAUUCUCACUGCCUCACACCUCUCCUGACCCUGAGUGGAAGUCUUAAGUGAAUAACAAAGGGUUGGAGGGAAUGUGGUCUUCCAGCUGACCACACACACACGAUGGCUCUCGCUUGCGUCCACUGGAUGGGACUACUUCUCGCUCACCAUCAAUGACCCUGUAGAAUCCACUGAAGAGAUGCAGUUUGUGCUUGAGAAACCAGGGCUUGAUCACGAAGCUUAGGAGUUGCAAAACCCCAUGUACAAUAUCCCUCCCUUUGGACUGUGGGCUUUAAAAAUUGGAUUCUUUUCGACACUGACUGGUCUUUUCUGCACUCUGUUGGAGAGUUUCAAUCCAAGUACUGAAGACUGUUUUUCCGUGUGCAUUGUAACUAAUGCAGAGAAGAACUGAUGGGAACAAAGAAAGAGAAAUGUAAUAACAGCUGGCUUGGCAUAGGACAGACAGGUAAGAAAUUACCCCUCUCUCUCUUUUCAGUGGAUGACUCAUUGUGGAGCAUUUUACUGGAGCACCCUUGUGAGAAUCAGGAUUUAGUUAAAUGAGAGUUAAAUGUUGCUUCAGACAUUGUCUUCAAAGGACAAAUUACAAACACGGAAAAACAAAUAAUGGAGAGAACCGAAGCAAUUAUAAUUUUUUCCUUGUCUAUGUGUAUUGUACUUAGGCAUGUAUUUUCAUUUUACU